AUGUUCAAACGAUCUUUUUCCUCAAAAGACCGGGCGGGCAAGUCUGUUAAGCCUGCGAAGAAGACAUACCGCGAGAACUUGAGAACUAAACUGCAGGAGAGUCUGGAUAGUCCGCCGAUUGGGAGCACCCUUACGAGCCCUAUCAUCACGCUGGUGGUAGGCAGAGAAAGUCGCCUGUUCGCUGCCCAUGAAGACAUCCUUUCUAUUUCGCCUUUCUUUUCGUCUGCCAUUAGGGAGCAAGCUUCCGAUGGUGAUAUGAAACAGAUUGCCCUGCCUGAUGAAGAACCCGAGAUAUUGUCCUGCGUCCUCGAAUUCUUGUACAAGGGGGACUACUACCCACGCUUGAUGCAUAACAAGCGUCGCAACACCUGGCUACUCGAAGAUGCGCAGGAUCUUUCUAAAACCGGUGGCCGCGGGUCAUGCGAAGCGACAAUCUUCCACUCUGGUGUGAAUGAUUAUCUCCUACGAGACACAGUCAUCUACUGCGCUGCUGAGAAGUACGGCUUGGAUGAGCUGAAGCGCCUUUCACUGCGUAAGCAGGGCCUUCAAGCUGGUAUCCCAGUCGAUAUUAUCCUUCGAUCGGCGCGGUAUACGUACGACCAUACGCCAGACUCCGAGUCACGACUCCGCGCUCACUUCCUAGCUCUGAUAAUCCGAAGUCGCAAGACUUUCAAGAGGAGUGGAACCAUGCAGAUGGAGAUGGAGAGCGGCGGCAAAUUGUUUUUCGAUUUGUUCGUGGCCAUGUGCAACCACAUUGAUGAUGUCGUGGAGCUCAGGUACGCUUCCCAAUUUCCUGACUGUCAAGGCUAA